UGUAAUAAUAAAAAAAUCUAUUUUGUUUCAGCCGGGGAAAUUGUAAACCAGUAAACCGCCGUCGCCGGAUCUGGUAGUGUUCUUCUUGUCCACCAAGUAGUCAAAGAUACUACUUUCCGAUUACAUAAGUUUUUCGGGUCGGUUUCUGGAUUGGAGUUUCGAAUCAUGAGGAAGAAGCUCGAUACCCGGUUCCCAGCUGCUCGUAUUAAAAAGAUUAUGCAAGCUGAUGAGGAUGUUGGCAAGAUAGCUUUGGCAGUUCCUGUCUUAGUCUCGAAGUCUUUGGAAUUGUUCUUACAAGACCUUUGCGAUCGUACAUAUGAGAUUACCCUUGAAAGAGGAGCCAAGACUGUGAGCUCAUUGCACCUAAAACACUGUGUGGAAACGUAUAACGUGUUUGAUUUUCUGAGGGAAGUUGUGAGCAAAGUGCCUGACUAUGGCCAGGGCCAGGUUGAUGCUACCAUGGAUGAUCGCAGCAUCUCCAAGAAAAGGACGCUGAUCAGUGAAGAAGUGAAUGAUAGCGACGAGGAAUGUAAGAAGAGCAAAACACAAGAAGUGGGGAGUCCUAAGCCCAGUGGCAGGGGUAGUAGAGGGAGGGGACGAGGAAGAGGCCGUGGGGGACGAGCUGCCAGAUCAGCCGAAAGAGAGAAUAUGAACCGCGAGAUGGAACUUGAGACCGCCACGGUGGAACAGCCACCUCCUCAAGACAGUAUCCAGAUGCAUGCGUCUGUCUCAUCACUACAACAGAACGAGAAGAAAGAUGUUGACGGUAACAUUGCAGCAUUAAACGAAGACACCACCAAGCAUCAACUUCAGAGUCCAAAAGAAGUUAUUGCAGAAUCAAACGAAGACAGCAAGCAACAACUUCAAAGUCCAAAAGAAGGCAUUGACUUUGAUCUCAAUGCUGAAUCUCUCGACCUGAACGAGACCAAAGUGGCACCAGUCGUAUCCACAGACACAGCCUCAGAGGAAUAUCCGGGCUGGUCCAUGACGGGCAAAAUGGAUCCAACACAGUUAGCAAGUUUGGGUAAAAGGAUAGACGAGGACGAAGAAGAUUAUGACGAAGAAAGCUGA